GUCAAACCAGUGCUUCACAGACGGUGUGUUUUCACCAUGAGUGGGUGCCCAUUUUUAGGAAACAACUUUGGAGGGGCUUUUAAAAAAUUAUCCAUAGAAGGCAAUGAAGAAGACAAAUCACAAACCGGUGUGAAUAAAGCCAGCAAAGGAGGACUUAUUUAUGGAAACUACCUGCACUUGGAAAAGGUUUUGAAUGCACAGGAACUUCAAAGUGAAAUAAAAGGAAAUAAAAUCCAUGAUGAACAUCUUUUUAUCAUAACUCAUCAAGCUUAUGAACUCUGGUUUAAGCAAAUCCUCUGGGAAUUAGAUUCUGUUCGAGAGAUCUUUCAGAAUGGCCAUGUCAGGGACGAAAGGAACAUGCUGAAGGUUGUUACUCGGAUGCACCGGGUGGCAGUGAUCCUGAAACUACUAGUACAGCAGUUUUCGGUCCUGGAAACCAUGACGCCCUUGGACUUCAAUGACUUCAGAGAGUACUUAUCUCCAGCAUCAGGCUUCCAGAGUUUGCAAUUCCGACUCUUAGAAAACAAGAUAGGUGUCCUUCAGAGUUUGAGGGUCCCUUACAACAGAAGACAUUAUCGUGAUAACUUCAAAGGAGAAGAUAACGAACUGCUACUUAAGUCGGAGCAAGAGAAAACACUACUGCAGCUAGUGGAGGCAUGGCUGGAAAGAACACCAGGUUUAGAGCCACAUGGAUUUAACUUCUGGGGAAAGUUUGAAAACAACAUUGUGAAGGGCCUGGAGGAAGAAUUCACAAGAAUUCAGGCUAAGGAAGAGUCAGAAGAAAAAGAGGAACAAAUGGCUGAGUUUCAGAAACAAAAAGAGGUAUUACUCUCCUUGUUUGAUGAGAAGCGUCAUGAACAUCUCUAUAGUAAGGGUGAAAGACGACUGUCAUACAGAGCACUUCAGGGGGCCUUGAUGAUCUAUUUUUACAGGGAAGAGCCUAGAUUCCAGGUGCCCUUUCAGCUGCUGACUUCUCUCAUGGACAUAGACACACUCAUGACUAAGUGGAGAUAUAACCAUGUGUGCAUGGUCCACAGAAUGCUGGGUAGCAAAGCUGGCACUGGUGGGUCCUCUGGCUAUCAGUACCUGCGCUCAACAGUGAGUGACAGGUACAAGGUAUUUGUAGAUUUAUUUAAUCUUUCAACAUAUCUGGUUCCCCGACACUGGAUCCCGAAGAUGAACCCAAGUAUUCAUAAGUUCCUUUACACGGCUGAAUACUGUGACAGCUCUUACUUCAGCAGUGAUGAAUCGGAUUAA